GCAAUGGUAGCCAGUCUGGUGCUGACGAUCCUGGACAGUCUCGUGAAGAUCAGUUAGCAACACGAAAUACAGCAUCUCCUAUACCACCAGCUGUUCAGAAUAAUAUGUGGUAUAGCUGUAGAAGAUUGAUUUACAUUAAAACUAAUCCCAAAGUUAAUUCACCUGUUGGUCAUUGGCCUAUACCAGAGUCGUUCUGGCCAGAUCAUUCCACGAUAACUUUAGUAAGUAUAAAUUUAAGUGAUAGCAAACUUGGUCGCCCAUGUUGGACAAAGGUGCACUUACUACAAUAUAUAUGUCCUGUUUUGAACUCAAAAAAUAGCAUGGGCAACUUAAGUUAGCAAUUCUAGUAUGAACCGAUUAUUAUGACUUUCAAUGUCUACGAAUUUGCUUGAGUGCACAAAAAAACAAUAUCCUGCAAUUGAGGUGGGGUAUACAUGAUAUUGUUAAUAAAAUCUAUCAAACUUGGAACAAUCAGGGGAAUGUGCACAGGCUAGGGAAUAGUUUACUGUACUGUAUAUGACUGAUUUUCUUACGAUCUCGCUAUAUCCAAUAUCGCCUCCAAUGAAGAAAAUUGUUUGUACCACAGGGUUAUGUUCUUAGGUCGUUACUGUUUCUAUAUACGUGUUUCUUAGUCUGACAAGUUUAAUUUCUGUCAAUUUCCUCACGAUACAAGUAUCCUUAGAUCGAAAUAUGCGCACACACAAAGCAUGCCAAUGACUGAGAGCCAAUAAAUUACCUUAAUGGACCAUUUGCAUUAUAGACUAAAUUUUGAUCUAGACAAAAAUUUUAUCACAGCUUGAAAGAGCAUCACAAAAUUAGUAAUAUUCCAAAGUUUCGUUACGAAAUGUUGUAAAAUGCGGAUAAUAUGCCUUGCGAAAUUUGCAAUUUUCAGUCAUUUUGUGUUACAAACGGGAAAUUGAUGCCCCAACACCCGAUUGGGCUGUCAAUUUCCCGUGCGUAAUACAAAAUGACUGAAAAACGGCAAACUUCGCAAGGCUAUAUUAUCCGCAUUUUACAACAUUUCGCAACGAAACUUUGCAAUAUUACUAAUUUUGUGAUGCUCUUUCAAGCUGUGAUGAAAUUUUUGUCUAGAUCAAAAUUUAGUCUAUAAUGCAAAUGGUACAUUAUUAAAAAAAUAGGAACGCAUAUAACAUCUCCAAAGAAUGUAUGACAACAAGAUUAAACAAAGAUAUAAAAUAUAAAUUAUAUUUCUUAUAAUGCGUACGUUAGAGCUAAGGUUAACAGCAAUCGUGAUGUAUUAUGUUGCAACUCAAGGUGUCUUUGGUAAAUCCCAUAAUUCUACUAAGUUUGCUUCCUUUUUGUCGUCCCAAGCUAGACGUUCCCUGCAGUCACCAUGUUUCCAAACUAAACUUAUCAAGCCAUGUGGGGGUUGGGGCGGGAGCAGGGUGGAACCCGGGCGGGGGAAAGUCAAGGCCCCAGAAUCUUAACGAUUUUAGCCUUUGUAUGCCUUUAGAGCAGCUCAAAAUUGCUUUAAAAAUUUUUUUUGUUGUGAAACGAAUUGCAGGCAGUAUGUUCGUUUCUUUUUCUUACUUUGUUGGGUUUCCGACGGGAAAAAUUAUUUGCACGUCACAAUUUUAACUCAGACAACGACUUUUGACCAGAUUAUUGAGUUUCAAAACUCAAAAAACCUAGAAAAAACCCUGUUAAUUGAUAUAGCUUUAUCCUAAUUUGUGAUCAUUACAACUUCUAGGAACCACGGGAUGCGGAUCCAACAGUGCUGUUCUCGUGUGUGAAUUGUGAACCAAUGGUGAUGGAUUUAUUACCAUUUGAUAAAUACGAACUAGAAAGAUCUCCGCUGACUCAGUAUAUCUUGGAAAAUGUUAAACCAACUCAUUGUUGGCAGGUCAGUUUUUAUGUAUUAUCUAUAGAUGUCAGUACUAAAAAAUUACUAAGCACCUUCUUAUCAAAUUGAUUGAAUCAUUGCGUUAAUUCAAUUCAUUCGAAAGACACAUAAAACAAACUUACUGCUAUUUUAAUAUAAUUUCCGCAACGUAUCUGGCAAAAAUUAAAUAAUAAAUCACGAACUAUGUCUUCAAGAAGUAGUUCUGUAUCAUUUGCUCUAUAUGCGAUACAACAUUCCUCGUUACUGUAUUUCAUCCAAUCUUGACAGUUUAUUUUAAUUAGAUGCAAGCACACGCAGCGGACCAUGCGAGUUGGUUUUUGCGAUGAGUAGAAAAGAUCCUUAAGGCCAUUUCCCACUAGACGAAUUUGUUCGCGCGAAGAUGAAGCGAAAAACAAAUCUUGGUAAUGUGAUUGGUCAGCGAAAAAAUUAUACUUUUUUACUGUUCGCGCGAACAAAUUCACGGUUUUAUUCGCCUAGUGGAAAAUGGGUUUUAAGGGAUGCUAUAAAUGCGAGAAAAUUUCAUUUAAAAAUACCACGGGAUGACUUAUAGUCGUGGGUUCAUUAAACUACCAUGCAUUAUUAUACUAUUCGCCAGCAUAAGAUUCCAUUCAAUCAGAUUGCCUGUUAAUGUAAUACUGUUAAACCUGAUGACAAUACUCGCCACAAGACGACAAUUUUUAUUUUUACGAUAAGUAGAAGAGGUCAAAGAUUGAAUAUGAAAUACUUUCCAUUUCCCUUUCUUUAGACGUAUAUAUCAGGAAGCGGGAAGAACAGUGAACUGGGAUACCCAUUCGGAUACUUGAAAGCCAGUGUUAAUUUUCAAACAGUGAAUUUAUUUGUUAUGCCGUAUAACUACCCUAUUCUCAUCCCACUGCUAGGUAAGAUAAUUUCACAAUCGCGAUUAUAUUCACCAGGUAUACGGUAAUAUUUUCAUGUGAGAUGAGGUCUUUUACAUUUAUUUAGUGAUUAGUCUCCAGGGCGUUCUCCAGACAAAUACGUAGGAUGUUUGUGCAACCAAAAUGCUCUCUCCUCCGCAGAGGCUUGAACCUUCUGGCGUAAUUACGAAUUCUUUCUAAAUUAUUCCUCUAAAAGUAAGAAAUGUGUUACAAUAAGAACUUAUAUUUAAUACAUUUGCGUUCUCCGUGCCAACUGCGCUUUGAACCAUGCGUCUUGGCGAGAUUCUAUACAUCUUUUUCCAGAGUUUGAACUGGUCUGGGGAUGAGGCGGAGCUGCAUAGAUUUUAAACGUAUCUGCAUGCAUUCUUUACGUUUCUAAAAAAAAAUCCAGAUGCAUGUAACUCGAAUUUCAUCUAUGCGAUGAGCAACUGCGGCCCCAGAAAUUGAAAGUACAAUUUUCGCCACUGCAUCAUGGUGGAUGAAAUUAGAAUUGCAAACAAUCCUCAUGGUUAAAUUCAUCUAACCUGUCGAAGAUGACGAACCUAAAUUGAACAUAUUUUGUGAUUGGCUACCUUAAACAAAAGUGAUCAAUGUUUAUGACUCACUCUUUAGAAGUUUAUAGUUUCAUUGUUAUAAUCAACUUUCCCUAGGGCUUCGUGAUGAUCCUGUAACAUGAUUGUCACAUUGUCACAACAAACAUUGACUUCAACAAUGAAUAAUUUUAUAUUCUUAGAUGAUCUUUUCAAAGUUCUCAAACUAAACCCGACCCCUAAAUGGAGACAAUUGUUCGACAAGUAUCUGAGUGAUCUGCCAAGCUACUAUGUUGGGGUAAAUAUGUGUGCAUGCAAAUAUUGCGCAUAUACUAUUAGUAAGGUCACGUGUGGCGUAUGGGGGGGGGGGGUGUUUCGGUCUUAUUGAGUUCACGUAAGACAGAGUUGAAAGAUUGCUCAGAUCUCUUUGGCCUCGACCGAGCCGAUUACAGCAUCUCCAGCUGGUUAUAUGAACAUAGAUGGAUGAAAGUAUACACUAAGCAUAAGGUUGAUAAUAUAUAUAACAAACUUUCGUUGGUAUAGGGAUACAACUAAAUUAUUGCAUGUCAAAUUUCUUUGUUUCGAAAGCGCGUCGUUGAACCGGCCGCGUCGUAGAUCGUAAACUCUCUAUUAUUGAACCGUCUUUGCCAGUGUAGGUAGUGGCAAUAUUAACAAACUUUCGUUGUUAGGGAUGCAACUACCUGAAAAACACAAAGCGAAAUUCGACGUUUCGAGUGAAGGCCCAGGCCUCGAUAACAUUUUUUCGUGCCUGCGAGCGAAAUUCAAAAUGUGCCUGCAAAAACACAUCUUACUUAGAUUUUGUGACCUAAAUAUUGUUAAAAUGUCAGUAUUUUAAAAUGUGCCUGCAAAAAUGUAAAAGGUGCCUGCGAGCGGCGCUCGGACGCCCGCGCAGUUUAUCCAUGGCUGUGAAGGCCCUUCGUUCGGCUAUUACCUGACGAAAGACCUUCACUCGAAACGUCGAAUUUCUCCUUGUAUUUUCAGGUAGUUGCACCAACGAAAGUUUGUUAUUAUUGCCACUACCUACACUGGCAAAGACCGUUCAAUAAUAGAGAGUUUACGAUCUACGACGCGGCUAACCUGCGAUCAGGCCUAUAAAUAUAUUUGUAAAAUAAAUCCUGAUCUCCGGUUACGACUCGGCUGGUUCAACGACGCGCUUUCGAAACAAAGAAAUUUGUCAUGCAAGACAAAAACUGUGAAUAAUUUGUGGUCCAAGGGGUAUUACCAACGGCUUUGUCACCCUCAACACCACGUUAAACUAAACAUCACCAGGGGCGUAGAAAGCAUCAAAAGAUUGGGGGGGGGGGGGGCGCCCAAGAGGUGUUAUACGUGAAGUCGAAAUUACAGCAAACAUUGCAUCGCUUUAACCGAACUUAGCACUUUGUAAGGUUAUUUGAAAAGCUUGAAAUAUUUAUUACAGUUAAUCAAAUUGCUUAGCGCUCAUUCUUGAGCUGAAAUUCAGACCGCGUCGUUGAGCCGGCCGCGUCGUAGAUCGUAAACUCUCUAAUAUAAUAUAGCGCUGCCUGGCCUUGGUACAACUGGCCCCUGUUGUCUUAAAAUAUAAAACGGAGGUAGGUCAGCGGUAUUGACAAUCAUUAUUUUAAUAAUAAUACUAUAGUACUGUAUUUUUGUAUCUACUUUAUCUACCUGUAGCCUCUACGAACUGCAUUACGUCGAAUGGGUGCAAAUGCAAACAUGUUGAUACCUGACCACAUUGAAAGUUCAUUGAGCAACAGCAUUCAAAGUUAUCUCAAGAAACUGAAACAACAGGUAUAAUUUAAUGGAAUUACAAGUUCUUCAAAAUCCUAAUUACUGAAAAGCCUUUUAAGGGAUGUGAAAAAAGAUGGAAUGAAAAUACUGAGUGUGCAUGUUCGCGUCACUUUACACUAUUAGUAUUUAUUUUAAAAAAAUCUUUUUACACGAUAACUAAUCAACCAUGAAAUAUUUACAAAGUUAACUUUAAAAGUCACUCCCUUCGGGGGUCGUUUAAUGCAUGAUUCCAAAUUUGUCUGAUACCAAAUCUGAAAUCUGUUUCAUUGAAUUUUUUGUUUCAAUAACAUGAUAAGCAUGUAUUACUUCGUAAAUCGCAUCAUGCAGAACAUAUCGGAAAUGGUUUCACUUAAUCAGGACAUUAACAAUAACAAUAAACUUUUACAAAAAUAUGGUAUAUUUCUCCCCCAUAGUUGGCAGCUCUUUCUUCAAAACAUCUGAGGAGUGCAUUUUAUAUGAAUCGCCAGUUGAAACAUUUGGUACCAAUGCCCUUUGACACUUUUUACUGCUUUUCUCUUUCAAGGCCUGCACUACACCAAAUUCAUAUGUAUACUAGUCCUAAUAUUCGCAUCCAGUGAAUGUUAGUGAAUGUUAGUCGAAUGAGCGCAUGUAUUAUAUUGACACUUGGAUUUGAAAAAUAUGUCGGUUUAAUCGAUUUGAUUUAUAAUAGUGGGAGUGCUUUUUCCAAAAUAGUCUUCUCUUUAAGUCUAUUUGUAAGCAGCUGUUUGUGUUUCAUUACUUAUCAUAAGACUAUAUGCUUAUUAUUUUAUAGACGAAAGUUGAAGCAGAUAAAGUUCUGGCUUUGAUUGGAAAGAAGACCCUUGGCCCUGUUGACUUUGGAAGGCCUGCAGCGCAGUAAGAAUUGAAAUAAAUAUUGACUUCCUUGAUAUAUUACAAUUUCAAAUUUAGAUCUAACACAUGACUUCAAUAUAUAAUUAUUAUCUUGUGUUUAAGGUUAAAUUGUCCACAAUCACCAACAAGCAUGCAAAAACGAGAUUUCCACGACGUAUUGCAUAAUAUUCCUAGUUCUGUGCCCAGGUAAUUGCUUCAUCUUCUUUCACUCUUUCGAUCAGUUUAUACUGUGCAUUGCUUUGCCACGUUGCAAGUACGGUAUGCUUAUUCGUUGCCCAUAUCAGGUUAAUUAUUCUUUACGAAAUUACAGUUUCUAAAUUCUAAUCUGAGGGUUUUCUAAUAAAACAUCACUUGUGUUUUUAUAGCGCCAAGUCCGCAGAAGUUGCCAGUGUUAAGAACUUACCGGAAUUUAAAGAGGUACAGUUAGCUGUAAAUAUAAAACUAAUGUUAUUCCGAAAAAAGUAUGCAUUUUAAUAACACAUUUAUUUUAAAAACUGUAUAUUUCGAAUCUAUUUUGAUUCAUCUUCAGCAGUAUGUAUUUACAAGAUAUGGCGUAGAACUAUAUAAGUUGGCUGUGGAUGUUCACUCAUGAAUUAAAAUAUAUGUUGCUACGUACGUUGGCACGUUAGAGGGGGAUAGAUUUACUCGAUUAAACGCCGCAUUCGAAUAAACGCAAAAAUAUUAAUAAACACCGCGGCGUUUAAUCCAGAAAAUACGGUAAGAAAGCGACGUUUUUGUCAAUAUGGACGUCACCCGAAAAUUAGUUUAACUAAUUUUGGCGGCAUUUUGCAUCAUAGCGCUCGUGUAAAGCAAAAAACUUUAAAAUCUUAUGUUUCGUAUUGAAGAUUAUGAUACAAACACAGUUUUUAAUCCAGUUCCCUUCGGCAAUCUCACGUCCGUGUUGAUAAAAGCAUCGCUUUCUUCAGCUCACUAAUUGCAGUAGUACAGGGUUGGAGUUAUUGUAGUAGUACAGGGUUGGAGUUAUUGUUGUAGUACAGGGUUGGAGUUAUUGUUGUAGUACAGGGUUGGAGUUAUUGUCGUAGUACAGGGUUGGAGUUAUUGUCGUAGUACAGGGUUGGAGUUAUUGUCGUAGUACAGGGUUGGAUAAUUAUCUUCCAUGCGUUUUCUAACUUUAUCUCUUUCACUCCAGCUUCCCAAAGUGCACCAGUAUAAAAAUCCUUUCGAUAUCAAGCGAUCUGAGCUACUUGAUCAAUUGGCUCGUAUGAGAAUCAAUUUCUUUCACACUGCGCCCACAGCAACGAGGCUGCAGGAUCAAGGUAACAACACAUUGUAUAGUGAUAUCUUUAAUAACCAUAAAUAUGAGCGCUUGUUGCUCUAUCUAGUAUGCUUAUCUUAGCACGUAAAGUAAAAAUAUCGUCAAGAUUGAGUCAUAGCUAAAUUUAUUUCUUGUUUGUUUUAGAUUCAAGACAUAGCAUAGCCAUCGGUCAAAUGGGCAACUACCAGGACUACUUAAAACAGACAAAUCCAUUAAGAGAAUUAGAUCCAGGAAUGAAUAGAGCUCACAUGUUUGGGAAUCCUUUCAAAUUAGCUAAGGAUCAGGUUUGUGCAUUCAUCUUGCUCUUCAAGUUAUCUAAUCUUCAAAGACAAAUGGAUUUAUUAAGAGGCAGUUUUUUCAAUGUCGCGUUUUUGCGGUGAAAUGUGUUCAAAACCUAAGAUCGUUUUGGCGUUCCUCUCAAAUUUACUUUGUUUUGGCUUUAUUUUGUAGUUUACACGGUCAGCAACCUUUUUAAAUGUACCUGGCGGUUGAGAAACACAAAAUAAUAGUUAAAUAUUGUCAAUUUAAAUACAAUUAUCAUUGAUGCUGUAAAACUGACGCCAUAUUUUUACAGCAAUAUAUGCAAAACAUACUGAACUCCUGACAUAAUUUUCUCUUUGGCGUACCAACUAAAAUCUCUUCAUUUUAGCAUAAUUUAACAGAUGAAGCUCUAAACAUAGUUUUUAAGUUUGCUUGCCGCUUGAGAAACUUCACUCAGAAACGUAUCAAAAAUUUUAAAAUUUGGAAAAAUAUAUUCAUUAGUUUUGAGCGCGUGUUACGUAAACAUACAUACAAAAUAUAUGGAAUAGCUUAUAUGAACCGAGCUGACUCGUCAAUCGUACCGAAACGUAACCAUAUAGAUAUCUUAUAUACACUAGAUAGUGCAUCUAAUUAUUCUGCAAUUCAAAAAUUGAAGCCGUGAUUGCAGACUCAGGAUAUUCCCAUGAAAUGAGAAGACUAGUAUGUUUUCUAUUUCUUAAACAGGGAACUUAAACAUUAAGUUAAACCUAUUCCAAAUACAUUUUCAAACUAUUCAAAUGAUGAAAGUUAUUGUUUUUUUAAGCGUUUAUUAGCGAGUGGGAAACUCCAACAUGGCCGCCAUCUAUUCAAAUGGGGGUAACCGCUGGAAUAUUCUUGGCUUCAAUUUUAAUAAAAUAGAUGCGCUAUCUAGUGUAUAUAAGAUAUCUAUGAACGUAACGUAUUUCUUUCUUUCCUGAGCGGUAGUGUUGGUUGAAGUGGAAAACAGGCUUUAAAGAUGUUCGUGACACGAAUCAACCCGAUUGGCCUGACUAGCCAGGCUCAUUUAUUACGUAUACAAACUGACCUUACGAGAAUUUAUCCACUGAGAUAAGUAUCUCGCCGUUCACACGUAUAAACACUGGAUGAUUACAGGGAAAGUCCUGGUGUUGGCAGUUCCCGACCAUCAUCUUUUUUCUGCCCGCACUUAUGUUUUUUUCGUUGUGGUUGUCAGCUACCUGUUUUCGGAUCGUUGCGAGUUGUUUACUUUAGUAGAACCCCGUUAUCUCGAACUCCCCGCUAUCUCGAACUGAAACCCAUUUCCCGUGGAUUUGCCCAUGUACUAUUUCAAUAAUUUUUACUCUGUCGUCACUACCUCGGUUAACUCAAACUCGCCAUCUCGAACUAAUUUUAUUGAACAAACGCUCGUUAACGACUUUAUCAUAUUCAGUUUGUUGGUUUUUUUUAUGAGGUAAUACAUGCACGUAUUUGAUUUUAGAGCAGCAACAUACACCAAAUUAAAACCUACAGCACAAUUGGUAAACGGUGUCUAUUAUAUAUUACAAAAGUCGUAUCAAUGGGUGAUUGAAUCAGGCAAUUUAAUUUAAUUUAAUUUUAUAAUUAUUUCUUGUAAUUUGACGGUUCGAGAUAGCGCAGUUCUACUGUACUGUACGUGACGCAAACAAAUGGCGACGUUGUUAAAAGUUUAUGUCAAAUCUUAUUUGAAAUGUUUAUGUUUUGUGGUAAUGCCAACUUAUCACACACGUGGCCACUGCUGGCCAAUGUCAAGCAAAACCCGUCCUAAUUACCCUUGGUUUUCCAGGAACUAUAUUGACGAAGAACUAAGCUAAAUAUUCUUUUCCACUCAUCGCAAAACCAACUCGCAAGUUCGCUGCGAGUGUUUGCAUCUAAUUAAAAUAAACUGUCGAGCAUUGUGAUUGGAUGAAAGUACACGCAGCGAGCUUGUACUUGCGAUGAGCGGAAGAGCCUUAAACAGGAUAAAUAAGAUUACUUUAAGCAUUGAUGAUAGUUGGUGUAAAAUAGUCCUCAGAUGUUUCAAUAUUUUUGUUGUUUUAGCCAAUGAUGGUUGACGAAGCAGAUGUACUUAACGAACCUGUGGCAGGUGGACCUUCACGCAAACGACGUGACAGCCGCUCACCCCCCGCUUCACCUCGUGAAAAACGACGGAGGGCUGAUUUGAACCCUAAUCUUGGAAAACGUGCGAACCCCCCUACCCCGCCCACAUCACCGCUAGAGAAUGUUAACCACCCACUACCCCCUGUAUCUCAACCCGUCGCACACCUCCCGCAACCUCCAGGAAUAAUUAGCGAUAAGCCUCCAAUCCACAAUGUACAUUUAAACCACAAUGUAAAAAUACCUGUACCUGGCAAGAAACGAAAACUUCCGGAGGCUGAAGGAUGGAAUGAGCAACGUAAACAAGCCAAACAGAGUGUGAAUCCACAACUACGGAAAUUACAGCAACUUCAUCAUAAUAAACAACACAAUCAGGCAAACAGUGCGUUUACGACACCAGGGACUGCGGGAAAAGAUAAACUGGAGUCUUCCAAAGAUAUUUCGUCUAUAUUAAGAAACGCGUGCAUGGUUCCUAAUACCUCAAUUGCUAAACUUUCUUCUAAUAAAGUAGAUAACAAAAAAACUAAUCAUGGAUUACAUAAUGAUAGUUCUUCGAUCAAAAACGAUAAUAUGGGAUCACGUAGAAAAGAAGUUUUGAAAAGUAAAGCAUUAAGAAAGAUUUAUGAGGAAAAUACGAAGCUUCGGCAAUUGAUAUGUAAACAAAUACGAACUUUAGGACAGGGUAAGUGCCUCAUAUCCUCUUCAUUCCACAUGUCCCAUUAUGUCAAAUUGAUGUACAAAAAAAAACGCUAUGGAAUGUUGUGCAUUACAAACUUAACUAGACAAUUCAAUUUUUACAUAGGACGAAAGAGCUGUUAUUUAGCUUUUCUAUGAUACCUUUCUUAAACCGUAACGAUGAGAAAUGGCCACAUACUCGUCAAAUAAAAAUUGUCGGUCGAAAUCACAUUCUUCCACCGUUGGGAAUUGAAAGUACAUUAAUUAUGCAAAGUUAAUCAAUCCAAAAACAACGCGAGCCUGCUGUAAGGUAUUUGUUUCGUAAAACGUUUUGAUUACGAAUGUUUUCUGUUCAGUGGUUAAUUGAACCAUGUUUAAUGCAAUAAUGAUGUUCUUAUUGUCUCACUAAGACGAAGAUUGACGAGUUGAGCUUAUUUUAGAUAAUUUAACAUUCAAUUUUAAUUCCCUCUUGGGAAUUGUUUGUUUCGUUUUCCAUGCAAUUCCCAACGGUGGAAGAAUGUGAUUUCGACCGGCAAUUUUUAUUUGACGAGUAUGUGGCCAUUUCUCAUCGUCACGAUUUAAAAAGAGUAUCAUUGAAAAGCUAAAUAACUGUUCUUUCGUCCUAUGUAAAAAUUGAAUUGUUUAGCCACGUUUAUGAUGCACGCCAGCCUGUUGAAUAGAUGAUUCCCUUAUUACGUUUUCGUAGCGCUUUGCAUUGUGGUUAUAGUGGUAUCACUGAUAUUCAAGAUGGCUUAUUUUUUGUCCUGACCCGUACAAGAACUUUUAAAAAAGCCAGGGUCAGGUGCACGAUAGCCAACAGCAAAAUAUUCGCGAAAACAUUCAAUAUUUUCAUUCGAGGCCGCUAUCUUUAUCAGUGAUACCACUAUAACCACAAUGCAAAGCGCUACGAAAACGUAAUAAGGGGAAUCGUCUAUUUCCAUAGCGUUUUUUUAGACACCCUGCAUGCAUGUAUAAUUGAGAACUUUUCUUUCGACAGAGAUAUUUAUUUCCAGUAGAGUAUAUAUAGUUUUCCGUGAAAAUAGAUAGCAAGUUUUAGUGCAACUUGCAACGCAUUCUCUGUCCCCUAUCCAUGUUAUUUGAAGAGUAUUCGCAGAGAAAUUGAGAGCAUGGCCACGUCAUGCACAUAAAGCCCGCCGCACACGAGAGCAACUUGCUGAGCUAACCGCCUCGCGAGGCAGCUAGCUCAGCUAUGUAUUUUCACCGCACACGUUGGGAAAACUACUCAACAACAACACAAUCGACAAAAUCAUUUGCAUUUUCCUCCAUUUUGUUCCAAGUCACAUGAAGAAACCAUGGUUUGUCAUUGGCUAAUUGAUUCAAACAGCUCAGCACUUAGCUCACAACAUCCGCAGACGCUGAGAUUUUCUCCUCGCGAGGCGAAAAAUAUCAAACACGAUAGAUAUUUUCCUCAAGGCCUCGAGAGGUCAAAUCCUCACGAAAACUAUCCGCACACGAGAGCUACUUGCAGAGCUAACCGCCUCUUUAAUCUUUCUAAGUUAAAUCUCUGGGCGCAAUACAAAUUAUAUGCGCGCACAAGGAUUCCGCGCCCACAAAAAUUUCCAUACGGCAACCGCAAAUGGAUGUUCUGUUAUUAUAUACCGUGGAUGUAUUACUGAAUUGCUUCUAUGAUUUUAGAUUCUGAUCCGGUCAUUAGCCAUCUUGAGAAAGUUCAAGGAACUCCUGAAAAGAAACAGGAGUUUGCUCGACUGAUCAUUGACGAAGCAGCGAGAUUCAAAAAGAGUAAACUUGUAGAGCGAUUGAACGCUUGGCUGACAACACAGGAACAGGCUGUAGGACAGAACAGCCGUAAUCAUGUUAAAAAGACUGUAAAUAGAUAGCGACAACCAAAACAUACGUACACAUGCAUAUACAGUACAAUCCCCGCUGUCGACUUUUUUGUGGACAGAUUUGUCAUGUAUGUACACAUAUCUUUGCAGUGGCGGACACUUCGCGAAAUAUUGGGAGGGGCGAACACUGUAGGUUGCCAACAUACGACCAUCUUUCGUAGCUGGAAAUCUUUUGCUUUAAAUUUCAUGCUAUAUAUAUAGCUUAAUUUAUAGCCAACCAAUGCUCCCAUGGUUAAAAAAUUAUUGUUACGGCUUUGUUACAUACUUGUCGCAGAGCCACACUCCCUAGUGCCCGCCACUGUAUCUUUGCAUAUAUAACGAAGAGAUCCUACCACAGCAACUUCUUACAAAAUUCUCGUUUACAGGGCUGUAUAAAAUAGAAUUUGUCAACCUCCCUUACCUCAAAAGGUAAAAAAUACAAAGCAGAUAUGUGAUGUUGACCAGUGUUUUUUUUACGACGUAAAAGGGACUAACUAGGACGAAAAAAAAAUUUAAUACGACGACGGCAAUGCUGUUUGACAUCGUUGAUUUAACAAU